GUAAAGAGAGGUAGGGGAAGGUAGAGGGAGGUAGGGUAACUCUUUUUCCGCAGCUAUCCUUCACUCCGGAUCGCUGUGUUCCCGAUAGAAAACCAAUGGCCUAUCUUCACAUCGCCAUACUCGUCUUCCGAUCGUCAUCUCCAACAACACAGGGAGCCUUGCGUUUGACGACGGCAAUGUAUCAAACAUGUACCGUGCAGUGCGAGCCCGAGCCUUCAAGUUCCUGGAUUCGAUUUCCAAGUCUUCCAGGUACAUAAACAAGCGUCUGCUCAAUCCUAAUCCGUUGACAAGAUUAGGGUUAGAGGAGUUAAUGAAGCUCCCAUGGUUCAAGAAAUCAUCAUCCCAAUCAAAUUUGACAGGGGAACAGCAAGUCCUUGAAGAUGAUUCCGACACCGAUUGCAAAGGCUUGAGGAAAAUGAAUGCGUUCGAUUUAAUAUCAAUUUCUCCUGGGCUGGAUUUAUCGGGGCUCUUCGGGGCGGGAUCCGACAAGAAAGUAAUGAGAUUCACCACAAAUGCGGGAGUGAGAGAGGUUGAGGAGAAGGUGAAGAAAAUUCGUUGCAUAGAGGGGUACAGAGUGGAGAGGAGGUGAAGAGGAGGGGUGAUUAGGUUAGUGAAAGAGAGGGUAACAUUGGUGGUCGAAAUUCAAGAAAUGGCGGCAGAGCUAUGGCUGGUGGAGAUGAAGGUGGUCAAUGGAGAAGCGACAUUCGAUAGGAAGGAGUGGGAGGAAUUCAUGAUUGGGUUGAGAGUUGUGUGCUGCUUCAUGGUGGGUGGCAUGAAUGAAUUGAAUUGAAGGUACACACUGAUAAAUCUUGAAUUGCCGGUGGAUUUGUGGAGGAGUUUGUAAAUGAAAUGUUUUUCUGUUUUUUUUGUGUUUUUUCUUACAGAGAAGAGUGGUAAAUGCCUAUAGGUUUGUU